AAGUCUUUUCGAUUUGUCAAUACUCAAUAGUCUCUUUCUUUAUCUGUACAUUAGGUUUUCUCAGCUGCUUUACUGCACAGAGUAUCAAUGGAGGAAGAGCUCCAUGUUUUAGCAGUAGAUGACAAUCUCAUUGACCGUAAACUUGUGGAGAGAAUCCUCAAGAUCUCUUCUUGCAAAGUGACAACAGCAGAAAAUGGGAUCAGAGCAUUGGAGUACUUAGGCUUGGGAGAUCCACAACAGACUGAUUCACCAAGUACCAACAAUGUUAUUAAGGUGAAUCUUAUCAUAACUGAUUACUGUAUGCCAGGGAUGACAGGUUUUGAGCUGCUCAAGAUAGUAAAGCAGGAAUCGUCGAAUCUAAAGGAAGUACCUGUUGUGAUAUUGUCAUCAGAGAACAUUCCUACUCGCAUCAACAAAUGUUUAGCCAGCGGAGCUCAGAUGUUUAUGCAGAAGCCACUGAAACUAUCGGAUGUAGAGAAACUCAAGUGUCAUCUCUUAAACUGCAGAAGCUGAAUAUCUGCUCUCAUGGAAUAUUUUUUUUUAAAAGAUUGUGUUCCUAAACAAUGACAAAGAUCGUCUUGGUCAUCUCAAAGACACUUCCUGUUAUUUAUAGAUUUGUGAAAAACCCAAUAAUGAUCUCUCUUUCUCUCUCUCUCUCAGAUAAUUAUAUUUUGUGAGGAACCUUAGACUACAAGAAAAGUCUAGAAUUCAACGAAGCAACAGUGGAUAGAAUCUAAGAUUCAAAAUCAAAAAGUAAACCAACUA